AUCGUUUGGUGUCUCUUCCCUUAAAGUGUUAUUUUUAUUGCAGAUUGAUCCAGAGAGGAAAGAAACAAAGCAAAGGUGGAUGUGAGCCCAUACUGCUCCAGCCAAAAUACUUUCUUGACCGCAACACAUAAUAAAUCUCUCUCUUGCUCUACAGCAGCCAAGCCAAAAGCUUGUCAAAGUAUGGCUAGAUAUAAUUGCUUUCAGACCACUGAAGCUGUGAGGCUUCUGAGAGAGAUGGAAAUAUGUUUUGUGUUGAACUAUAAUCAGAAUGAAGACUGAUUGAAACAAAGCUGAAUAUCACACAGACUACGUUCACACUGCGAGCCUUAGUGCUCAAUUUCGAUUUAGCUUUUUUUUUGUAUAGCUGUUCAUAUUGUUGUUUGAUUCAGAUUUCCUGUGUGAACAGAUCAUGGUUCUGAACUGACCCGCAAAACAACAUUACGAACAGGGUUGCCAGGUUUUGCCAGGGGGGUGUGGGGGUCAAUAUCGCGUUUGUGGGGUCGCUUUAACCCACGGAGUUGAAAAACAACCUGCGGCAACAAUGAAAAAGUAGCCCAAUUCCGCGGGGAAACUGAGGACUUGGCAACACUUGCGCAGCGCGUUGACAUGCGGAAGUAAACACGGAGAACAUAAAGAUGGAGGCAUCUUGUCUGGAGCUGGCGCUGGAAGGGGAGAGACUGUGUAAAGCGGGAGAUUUUAAAGGUGGUACUGCCUUCUUUGAAGCUGCUGUUCAGGUGGGAACAGAAGAUCUCAAGACCCUCAGUGCCAUUUAUAGCCAGCUGGGUAAUGCUUACUUCUACCUGAAGGAGUACGGCAAAGCCCUGGAGUACCAUCGGCACGACCUCACGCUCGCCCGGACAAUCGGGGACCGGAUCGGGGAGGGGAAAGCCAGCGGGAAUCUGGGGAACACUCUGAAGGUUUUGGGCCGCUAUGAUGAAGCAGUUGUGUGCUGUCAGAGACACCUGGACAUUUCUCAAGAACAAGGAGACAAGGUCGGCGAGGCCAGGGCUCUGUAUAACAUGGGGAACAUGUUUCAUGCCAAAGGAAAGCAGCAGCUGUGGGGCAUCUCACAGGAUCCCGGAGAGCUUCCUCCUGACGUCAGAGACACGCUGCAGCGAGCCACAUCUUUCUAUGAGAUGAAUCUCUCUCUGGUUAAGGAGCUGGGAGACCGAGCAGCGCAGGGAAGAGCCUUCGGUAACCUCGGGAACACUCAUUACCUGCUGGGUAACUUUGUUGAGGCCAUCAAGUUCCACAGAGAGCGUCUCUCCAUUGCAAAGGAAUUUGGCGACAAGGCCGCCGAGCGCAGAGCAUACAGUAACCUAGGCAACGCUCUCAUUUUCCUUGGCCAGUUCAAUGCAGCCACAGAGUAUUACAGGAACACUCUGCAGCUCUCUCGGCAGCUGAAGGAUCAGGUGAUGGAAGCUCAAGCAUGUUACAGUCUGGGAAACACGUAUACGCUGCUGCAGGAGUAUGAACGUGCCAUAGACUAUCACCUCAAACACCUGCUCAUCGCUCAGGAGCUCAAUGACAGGGUCGGGGAGGGCCGGGCCUGCUGGAGUCUGGGCAACGCUUACGUGUCGUUGGGAAACCACCGUCAGGCUCUGCACUACACCCGGAAACACCUGGACAUCUCCAGAGAGAUCGGGGACAGGAACGGAGAGCUGACCGCCAGGAUGAAUGUGGAGGAGCUGAUGGAGGCUCUCGGGGUGAAGGAGGGCGAUCUCUCACCGGUUGAAUCUGAGUUUGAAGUGCAGGGAGCCAGACCCAAGUUCACCAAGAAGAACAGCAUGGACAGUGUUGACCUGUGGAAAUACAGCUCUGAAAAGAAUGAAGAUGCUCCAGAUGUUGAUGGUGUUUCAAGGAGGUCGAGGAACCAGCUGUCUCAGUCGAGCAGAAGCAAAAGUUACGCGGACAGUCAGUCGUCAGAUGAAAGACAGUGGCUCGACUCGCCUGUGGACACGGAUGACAUCACUGUUGACGUCACACCUCCAAAACUGGCUCGUGACGCGUCAGAUGAGGACUGCUUCUUUGACCUUUUGAGUAAGUUUCAGAGCAGCCGUAUGGAUGACCAGCGCUGUCAGCUGGAUGAGCCGUCCAAUGGAGAGAACGCAGGAGGAGCGGAUCGAAACACAAUCAAUGACAUGAUCGGUCAGUCACAGCAUGCCAGUCUGCUGACGUCUCCUCAGACCGAAGAACUGUUCGAUUUGAUCGCCAGCUCUCAGAGCCGUCGUCUGGACGAUCAGAGGGUGAGCGUCAGUAACCUGCCCGGACUCAGAAUUACCCACAAUAACCUGGGCCACCUGUGUGGAGAGAGCGACCCUCAGGAGCCCAGCGAUGACUUCUUCAACAUGCUCAUAAAGUGCCAGUCAUCCAGGAUAGAUGACCAGCGCUGCUCUCCUCCUGAAGGGGGUCCGCGGGCCCCAACCGUCCCAGACGAGGAUUUCUUCAGCCUAAUACAGAGAGUUCAGGCCAAACGAAUGGACGAGCAACGCGUGCAGCUCCCAUCUGAUGAACAGGAGACGGACGAGGACGAGGAUGAGGACGAGAGAGAGCCGGGGGUCACAGACUCCUGAAGAAAGCCGGGGCCAAAUGACAAACAACGAGGACUGAAUGAGAGAGGACGUUUCAUGGGGAACAUUUGGAUGGACUCUUUCAUGAGAUGAAGAAAUGUGCACAAAGAGACGCAUGUGAGACAUGAAAACACAAGUGCCAUCUCAGUAUACGGUGCAGUUUUACGCCUCCUGUGCUUUACAGCUAAUGAUACAUGACGUUUGAUAGAGUUUAUAUUGAAUGGAGUAACAGACAUUAGGGCCGCAACUCUCUAGGUGAAUUCACUAAGAAUCAGUGAUUGUGUUGUUCAUUUGCAAACACUGCCUGCACUGUUUUAGCACCUGAUUAACAAAAGAAAUUUAACAAAUGAGGUGCAAAAACAU